UCUGGUUAUACCUUCAGUAAAGCCGCAGCUAAAAAACUUUACUUUCAGAGUUGGUCCAUUUCACCAGGUUGAGUUCUCCAGUUGGUAUUUGAAAAUUAGGAGAUCCACCUGGUCAAGACCAAGUUCAGAGAUCUUUAGAGAUAAAGGAAACUUUGUCUAAGCCCAUUGAAAGAUGGAACAGAAAAGCCUCUUCACUCACAGAAAAGCAUUGGUGGUGAUGUGCAUUGCGGUAUUAUUGCUGACUCAGCAGGCACACGCCGGUCCGUUGGUAUCACAGGUCCGGUCCAGCUCUGACCAGAUUCCAAGUUUGAGGGGAGAACACACAGAGCACACCCUGAAGAGAUUUGCCCGAAUGACUCCACUGUGGAGGAUCAUGAGCAGCAAACCAUCUGGAGCUUUCUGCCAAAACAACUUUGAAUGUGCAACUGGACUGUGCAGGGAGGGCCGCUGUUCCACAAACCAACGCCCCUCAUCGGAGCCUGUGAAAUAUUAGAUCGUCCAGGACACAACCAGCGCGUUUACACUAGUGUUCGAUCACAAUGUUGAUGCCUCGUGAAAACCAGGAUACAAACUUUGUUUUUUAUCUUUAUUAUAUGAAUUUGUAUUUAUAACUAUCAGUAUGUUAUCUGCACAGCUACAUGCAUUUAUUACCAAUUUAGCUACCAGAAAAUGGGUAAAAACAGCCAUAGAUAUGCAAUUUUGUUUAAACAAUGGAAAGUAACCACAAUUACUUUAGUGCUUUGAUCUAAAAGUUGCCCACACCCAAAAGAAGAAAAGUCACAUCUUUUUUGGAUGUUCAGUUUUUUUGGCCUUGAACUUCAUUCUACAAAUGAUGUGAUGGAGUCUUAAAUGUACACAGCCUGCCUGAUAACAUGGGGUUUAUUGACAGUUCAGCUGUAGUCUUAUGAUAUGACAAUAAUGUUCCUUUUGAAAAAUAACAGCUGUAACUAUGUCACAUGAGGUACAAAUCUCACAACUCUUACUUCCUUUGUACAGAACUGGCUAAAAUUCUUUAUCUGUUGCUUUAUUCCAAUGACAGAUAAAGAGGGUAGCAGCAGGGACCUUGCUAAAAUGCAGAAAAUACUUUGUGCUAUCUAAGGGCCCCUUUACGACCUUCGCCCUGUUCCACAUCUUGUCAAAGGCUGCUGUCAGCAUGUUGUUUUAAAGAAAACAUGCAUUCCUUUAAUCUAGAGAAAGUCUAAGAUGCAGAUGAUAAACUACGUACAAAAAUGUGAUUAACAGACCAAAGACACACUCAACUGAUAUACUUUAAAAAAAAUACAGAUUUUUCUUCAAAACAGCACUCAAUCCUUAUUUAUACUCUAAAAGCAGAUGUGCCUUGCACUGUUGACAAAAGAAGACAAAGAGAGUAAAUAAUAGAGGGCAGAAGGAGCAAAAGUUACAAACAGACUGCAGAAAUCUGCUUACUGGACAUUUUCAAAAGACUCAUUUCAAAGGUUUUGUUUAAAAUUAACGAUGUGUUACAUGCAUCUAAUUUAUAGUAAUGGCUGACAACAACAAACUAUAUGAAGAAGUUAUUAAAGGAUAAUUAAUUUUGUUUAUAGCAUGAAAUCUCAUGCAUACAGUACACUACCUGUCAAAAGUUUUAGAACCCUUUUCUCAUUUAAUGGUUUUCUUUAUGUUUAUGACUAUUUACAUUGUACGUAGAUUCUCACUGAAGGCAUCAAAACUGUGAGUGAACACAUAUGGAAGUAUAUAGCAACAUUAAUUGUAAAUGAACUUAAAAAAUGUUUUAUAUUCCUUAAAGUAGCCGCCCUUUGCUGUAAUGACUGAAAUAAUAAACUUUGACCUUCUCUCAGUGAACCCAGAGGUUCCCCCUUGAAACCCCUUAAACUUGGAAUCUGAGAGUUCUUUCAAAACUCUUUGGAAAACCAUUUCAGGUGACCACCUGAUGAAGCUCAUGGAGAGCAAAGCAGUAAUCAAAGCAAAGGGUGGCUACUUGGAAGAAUCUAAAAUAUGAAAAUGUUUAAAGUUAUUUCACACUUUUUGUUUACCACAUAAUUCCAUGUGUGUUCAUUCUGAGUUUGGUUGCCUUUGGUGAGACUCUGCAAUUAAAAUACUCAGACCCAUUAAGUAAGAAAGUGUAUCCAAAACGUUUGACCGGUAGUGUAUUUAUUUGCUUUCUUUGUCUAAAUGUCAAACAAUGUUACAGUUUUUGCUUAGCUCUUGUUUUGGUUUACUCUAGAAUAAUUUAUCACCCUGAAUUGGUUUUCCAGCACUCAAUAUGGAACAGAUUCAUAACCACAAGCUGCACGGCCUUAAUAUUUGCACAUCUAUCCCCUAACAUUGCAAGGGUAUAGAGUCCUUAACACGCCUGCAGAGUUUACUACAUGCACAUGGCAGCCAGUGUCUAAAAGACUGCACUUUUAAAUACAAAAUAUCUUUGUACUGUAUGGUGUUACAAACAUGUAAAAGGUGGAGGAAAAGUCAAAUAAAAGCUUUAAAAAUGA